CCCGGUUACCAGGCACCCACAAUGUGGUGCUGGUGACCCAGCCAGUUCAGUUGGUCAGAGGCCAUCGAGCAGAUAUGUUCUCGUGUUGUCUCCCAACAUCCCAAGGCCCAGGCCGGGGCCAGCCCCAGGCUGCGGAUAUUCUCCAGAGCUACAGACAUUGGGUCAGCCCUCGCCCACAGCAGCUCUGGCAAUUCUCUCAGAGGGAAACCAAGAAUGACAGUGACAUUGCCACACCCCUGGAGGACACCAGCGGAGUGGGGACCAUGGUGGCAAGCAGGCUGGAGGGGGAGCCCUCGCCAAGAGCAGCUGAUUCUGCUCCAGUGGAGCCGGCCCCAGCUGAGAUGGCAGCAGCUCAGAUGGGGCCAGGACCAAUCCUGGAACCUGAGGAACCAGCAACAGUGGAAGCUGUGCCAUCCCCGUCACCUGCCAGCAGCAUGGGGACCCAGGAGGCAGGCAAGGUGGAGAAGCUGGUGAGUCAGCUGGUGCCUGCCCAGCAGAGAGGGGACCGCUUCAUCGUCCCUGCAUUCCUGCUCAUCUAUCACAAGUUCACCACCACCCAGCAGGUGCUGCAUCUGCUGUUCCAAAGGUAUGCAUCCUUUCAGCCUCACUGUGAAGAGGAUGACCGCACUAAGGAUGCCCUGUGCUCCCUCCUGGGAACCUGGCUGGACCGUUAUCCCGAGCACUUCUGUCAGCCUCAGGACCUGACCUGUCUGCAUCAGCUGCUGGCCUACGUCCAGCUCCAUAUGCCCUUCUCGGACCUGGCACUCCGAGCCCAACGGCUCCUGACCCAGCUGGAGGACCCCGAGCCCAAGGAGGCUGAGGCUGAGCCCAAAGAUCUAGCGCCAACUACAGCAGCGGCACCCCAACCAGAGUCGGCUGAACCAUCGCCGCCCCGGGCAGUCCACCUUUCAGCUGCGGAGGCGCUGGAGGCCCCUGACGGUCCAAGUGCAGCACCCCACCAGGAACAAGACGUGGGAACGGUGCCCUCCUUGUCGGCUGCCAGCAGGGUCGGGACCCUGGACACAGGCAUGGUGGAGAAGCUGGUGAAUCAGCUGGUGCCUGCCCAGCAGAGAGGGGACCCCUUCUUCAUCCCCACAUUCCUGAACAUCUAUCAAAGGUUCGCCACCACCCAACAGGUGCUGCACCUGCUGUUCCAAAGGUAUGCAUCCUUUCAGCCUCACUGUGAAGAGGACGACCGCACUAAGCAUGCCCUGUGCUCCCUCCUGGGAACCUGGCUGGACCGUUAUCCCGAGCACUUCUGUCAGCCUCAGGACCUGACCUGUCUGCAUCAGCUGCUGGCCUACGUCCAGCUCCAUAUGCCCUUCUCGGACCUGGCACUCCGAGCCCAACGGAACCUGACCCAGCUGGAGGACCCCGAGCCCAAGGAGGCUGAGGCUGAGCCCAAAGAUCUAGUGCCAACUACAGCAGCGGCACCCCAACCAGAGUCGGCUGAACCAUCGCUGCCCCGCGCAGUCCAUCUUUCAGCUGCAGAGGCGCUGGAGGCCCCUGAGGGUCCAAGUGCAGGUCCCCACCAGGAACAAGACGUUGGAACGGUGCCCUCCUUGUCGGCUGCCAGCAGGGUCGGGACCCUGGACACAGGCAUGGUGGAGAAGCUGGUGAAUCAGCUGGUGCCUGCCCAGCAGAGAGGGGACCCCUUCUUCAUCCCCACAUUCCUGAACAUCUAUCAAAGGUUCGCCACCACCCAACAGGUGCUGCACCUGCUGUUCCAAAGGUAUGCAUCCUUUCAGCCUCACUGCGAAGAGGACGACUGCACUAAGGAGGCUGAUGAGGUCAGUGACGUUGCCUUCAGCAGGGAACAGAAUUGUCUGGGUUCCUGUGCAUCUGGGGAACGUGCCCUCUGCUCCUUCCUCGGUACCUGGCGGGACCACUACCCGGAGCACUUCUGUCAGCCUCUUGACCUGGCCAGCCUGAAUCAGCUGCUGGCCUACGUCCAGCUCCAGAUGCCCAGCUCAGACCUGGCACGCCGAGCCCAGCUGCUCCUGAUGCAGCUGGAGGAUCCAGAGCCCCAGGAGGCUGAGGCUGAAGCGGAGCCCGAGGCUCCAGCACCAGGGGGAGACCUGGAGGCGCCUCUCCCAGCGGCUGCUGCACUUCUGGGGCCAGAUUUGGUGGCAACCCCGGCAUCUGCUCCCCAGCCAGAGCCACCUGAAGCCUGUCUGUCCCUGGCAACUGUGCCAGCUCUGGAGGCCCUGGAGCCCCCUGCAUCUCCAGAAGCCAAACCAGAGCCAGAGCAUCCCCAGCCCUGGUUCACGAAGCGGCGCUGGCCCUGGGGCCGCCGGCGUGGGCAGCGCACAAUCUCCAAUCAGGACCGUCCCCACCGUCGUUCACCCAGCUGGCCCUCCCCACAGGGUGCCACGGAGCCUGGUGAAAUGAGAUGCAUGUGGUUCCCUGAGCACUCCACGAGCUCCCAGCUCCUCAGCCUCUGGAUCCUGAAUGAAGACUCACACAGGUUCUGCAUGGACAGGGCGGCCUUUCUCCCAGCGGGUUAAACUUUGUUGUCUGGGGAACCGUGUCACCAUCUGUCACUGUGAUCUGAGCUGUGACAGCCCAUAUCCCAGUGCCCACGGAUGGGGCUGUGACAGGAGGAGCCCAGGUGUGUUUGGCCUGGAUGGUGCAAGCAGUGGUGUCCACAACACAGGAGAGACACCAGGCCAGGCCAGGAACCACCCCCACUGACAAGACUGCCCAGGGUUCAAGCUGAGACGCACUGAGGCUGCAAAUGGGAGUCUGUGUAGUGUCCCUGAUUGGGGGGACGACUCCCUGCAUGGACUGCUGCUCUGUACUUGACACCUGGCCGAGCAUUGGGCCCCCCUUGCCUGAGAGAGAGUGGCCGUGGACACCUACACUUUACAGAUUGCAAACAGCUCUGAGAGGAGCCCCUGCCCACCAUGUGUCAUGGAACUCAGCGGUGGUUCCCCUGCCCCUGCUGCACUUAGCAAAUUAUGUACAGAGAAACAGCUCAGAGCCUGAAGGCUCAGGGAGGUCAGCAGUCAGGGGGGUUUGUCUUUCUGAAGAUGGUGAAAGCUGUGGAGAUGUCCUUCAUGGAAUCUGAACUUUUCACAAGCCUUCGUGGUGGGCUAUGGAGGAAACAGUGGAGGCAGUGGGAAUUGGGCAGGUGCGUGCUUUGUGGGAGUUCCUGGGCCAACCAUGGCGUCCCCACCCACACAGGACUAUCUCUGGGAAAAACCAGGGAUCUCUUCCCACCUACUCCCCCCCAGAUCCCCAGGCUCUGCCACCUGUGCCAGAGGUCUGGGAGGGUGCACCUGUCUUGGGGGCACAGGGCAGCUCCAUUUGGCCAUUGUAGGGGGCAGGGAGCCCACCUAAAAGAACACCCUGACAUCUGGCCCAUGGUGUGGAGCACUCAGGAUGGUUCAUGUCUGCAGACACACAGAAAGAAACAGGGGUCAUUUCCUGUCCCAGAACUAAGGGGUCAGGUUGGAGCAAUGGCAGCUCAGGCUAGUGAACCCCCAACUGGGGUGCACAUUGGGUCACCCGAGGAAAACAGCAGGUGGAGUGAGUUGGCCUGCACGGUGAGGGGACAGAGUGACAGUGGCUGGUGGUGAAGGCAACUGCAGGUCAGUGACAACAGCUGGGGGUGUCUGAGUCCCUGCAGGGCCUUCUAUCCUCCCUGUGGUCUCCCACUGCCUCCUCCUGGGCACUUGGGGAUGGGAUGGCAGGGGUGGUCAUCUCAUGGGAGCUGUUUCCACUGCUCUCUGUAAAUACCCAAGAGCAGCCUUCAGAUGUGGGAGAAAAGCUCUGUACUUCCUCUUUGUAGCUACGACCACAGAUAAGCUCUGGGCCUCAGUUCCCAUCCCGGGAACAAGAAAGAUGCAGACCUGCCUGGUGGGUUGUCAGAAGACCUCCCUGAGAUGGGGCUGAUGGGAUCCUCUCCCUGAAGUGGGGCCCCUUAGGGGCUGCCUGCUGGCAGGGCACAGGGUCUGGGAAGCACCUCGCAUGUGGCUUCUCCUGCAGCCUGGCCACCAGGCCGUCAGCAUCACUGAGGAGCAGUGAAGCAGGUCGAGAGCCACAGUCUGUCCCAGGUCAGGGGGCUCAGCAGGACAGGCGGACGUGCUCUGUGCCUCUGGGCAGGGCCUGUACAGGGACCCCAGACCUCCACCCUCCAGGAAAGAAGCAGGGCUUUCUUCACUCAUUCACUCACUGAGCCAGUGCCCCCAGUCCUUCUGUGUGUCCCUCUCCUGUCUUAAUCGGGGACGGCCCCUCGGAAUGCACGGGAGCCCUACACAGGUCAGCCCUUAGGAGGCUGCGGACUGCAGUGUCGGGCGGAAGGGGGGAUUCUCCCUGGAGUCCUUCAGACUUGAGUCUACAGUCAGUGCCUCCUAGUCAGAGUCUCCUCUAGUUCCCCAGCACAUCUCUCAGAGGUCCCCGCGUCCCACUGCCUCUGCUUCCUGGGAAAACCAGACUACCAUAUCAAUUAUAAAGAACAAACGACAAUCAUAAAGAUGUGCUAAACGGGCUUAUAAUUUAUAAAGAUGCAAUGUCAAUCAAAAUAACAGCACCAAGCAGGAGGAACAAUAGUACAGGAACCAAGUUUUUAUAUGUUAUUUUAUAUUAUAUAUAUAUUACACAUUAGGUUGGUAUCAAUCCAAGCUAGAUUGUCAGAAACUUGUUAAUCCUAAUAUGCAAGACAAUCAUUAGCAAACUCUACUUAGAGUAAAAGAAGCAACGUGAACAUUAAAAUCAUACAAUACCUAUUUAGUGCAACAAAAUAGGAGCAGAUGAAGAGAGGAAAAACAGCACCAGACCAGAUCUCAAAGUCCAGGCUUCAAACAUACCUCAGCAUCAGGCCAGCCCCCAGAGACCAGAAAUCAGGCCAGCCCUCAGAUCAGACAUGAGCCCAGUACCCACACACCAGACAUGAGCCCAGUACCCACACACCAGACAUGAGCCCAGUACCCACACACCAGACAUCAGCCCAGCACCCACACACCAGAAUCAGCCCAGCCCCAACACAGCAGACAUCAGCCCAGCACCUACAGACCAGACAUCAGCCCAGCACCCACAGACCAUAUAUCGGCCCAGCAACCACAGACCAUAUAUCGGCCCAGCAACUAUAGACCAUACAUCAGCCCAGCACUACACACCAGACAUCCACCCAGCACCCACACACCAG